AUGACGGGGGCGCUUAUGCAGGUAUUUUCAUCCGGCAUCCUUGGUCUGAUGCUUUUCGCCCGUAUUUGGGGCGGCUUGGGCGCCGGCGGCCUCACCGUCGUCGCGCCGUUGUAUCUGUCCGAGAUAGCGCCCGCAAAAUCGCGUGGCAUGGUUGUCAGCAUAUACAUGGUCGUCUUGCUGUCGUUCCUAACUAUCGGCUUCUUCAUCAACUAUGCCGCCAACGCGACGCUAGCCGCGACGAGGAUGCAGUACCGCAUCGUCAUCGCCAUUCCUCUUAUCCCCGUCGGCCUCGCUUUCAUCACCUCCUUCUUCCUCGCCGACACCCCGCGCUGGUUGGCGUCGCGAGAUCGCGGCGAGGAGGCGCUCGCCGUGCUCGCCAAGCUGCGGUCCGCCGACCCCAACGACCCGGCCCUCGCGUACGAGUACGAAGAGAUCCACGAGCAGCUCCGUAACAAGCAGCAGAUCCUCGCCGACACCUCUACCUGGUCCAUCUUCAAGGAGAUCGCCACUAUCCCCACCUACCGAAAGCGUUUCCUCCUCGGAGCCGUGAUGCAGACCGUCGCGCAGUGGUCCGGUGGUAACGGCAUCACGUACUACAUCCCCGAGAUCUUCCGGUACGCCGGUGUUGUCGGCGAUAACACCUCGCUCAUCACGAGUGGUGCGUACGGCGCUGUCAAAUUGGUCUUCACCAUGGUCUUCACCUGGGGUCUCGUCGAUGUAUUCGGUCGUCGACGAUGUUUCAUCGCCGGUCUGUUUCUGCAGUGCAUCACGCACAUAUACAUGGCCGUCUACAUGGGCAUCUGGAUCGACGGAAGCAACAAAGCAGCCUCGGAUGCCGCCAUCACCUCCGUUUUCGUGUACGCCGUCGGCUGGUCCAUCGGCCUGUGCACCGUACAGUAUCUCUACGGCACCGAGAUCUACCCGACGCGCAUCCGCAGCGUCUGCUACGCGACCAACAUGGCGCUGCACUGGUUCUUCCAGUUCGCCGUGGUGCGGGUGACGCCCAACAUGUUUGUAAGCCUCGACAUCUGGGGAGCUUACGUCUUUUGGGCGUGUAUAUGCGCAUCCGGCUUGGUCUUGCUCGGUCUGUGGGCACCGGAGACCAAGGGCAUCCCGAUGGAGCGGAUGGAAGAGCUGUUCAGCGGACGGUGGUGGAUGGGCUGGAGGGCGAGCGUGGAUCUGGAUUCCAGCGAGACGAAGCCGUUUGGAAGAGGCGAUUCGACAGGGAAGGAUUCCAAAGACGGUCCGUUUACCCAAGAACCCAAGAGGGACGUUUGA